GUUAACAGAGGGACUUGUAUUCUCUUGGGCACAUGUUCGUUGCGGUUUAUUUGGUUCACAUAUGCGCAUCCGAAGGAUAGCUGGCCGCGGGUUCCUACGUAAAAAAAGAAACUAUAUAAAAAAUAAUAAUUUAAUAUCAUAAGAUACACGUUCAAAACAUAUGUACAAAAUUCAGACUCUACCAUGGCUCCAAUCUCUCGCUGUGUGUAAAUACAAUUGAAUUUACCAAAAAGAACCCAGGUUACGACGCUACAAACAAGAAGGAUGUGGAAGCUCAAGAUUGCAGAGGGUGCGAAACCACAUUUGUGUGCGGCUGCGGUUAAAAAAAUUAUAUAAAAAAUAAUAAUUUAAUAUCAUAAGAUACACGUUCAAAAAAUAUGUACAAAAUUCAAACUCUACCAUGGCUCCAAUCUCUUGCUGUGUGUAAAUACAAUGGAAUUUACCAAAAAGAACCCUAUAUAAGACACUCCAGGUUACGACGCCACAAACAAGAAGGAAGAUGUGGAAGCUCAAGAUUGCAGAGGGUGCGAAACCACAUUUGUACAGCACCAACAACUUUGUUGGAAGACAGAUAUGGGAAUUCCAACCUGACGCAGGAACACCAGAAGAGCAUGAAGAGGUCGAAAAGGCCCGAGAAAUCUUCAAAAUUAACUGCACCAAAGGAGUUCACGCCUGUGGUGAUCUGCUUAUGAGGAUGCAGCUUAUCAAGGAGAAUGGCAUUGAUCUUCUGAGCCAACCACCAGUAAGACUCGGAGAAAACGAAGAAGUGAAGUAUGAAGCAGUCACCAUUGCGGUAAAGAAAGCUAUUCACCUUAAUCGGGCUAUCCAAGCACAAGACGGACACUGGCCAGCUGAACAUGCAGGUCCUAUGUUUUUUACACCACCCCUAAUUAUUGCCUUGUACAUCAGUGGAGCUAUUAAUGCAGUUCUAACUCACCAACACAGGAAGGAGAUGAUUCGUUAUAUCUAUAAUCACCAAAACAACGAUGGUGGAUGGGGUUUCUAUAUUGAGGGUCAUAGCACUAUGAUUGGCACCGCGCUUAGCUAUGUGGCUAUAAGGUUGCUGGGAGAGGGACCAAAUGACGGUAGUGAUGCUGUUGAUAGAGCUCGAAAGUGGAUCCUAGAUCAUGGGGGUGCAUCCUCUAUACCCUCUUGGGGGAAAACCUAUCUUUCGGUUCUUGGUGUAUACGAGUGGGAAGGUUGCAAUCCCUUGCCCCCAGAGUUCUGGCUGUUUCCCACCGUUUUUCCUUUUCAUCCAGCCAAAAUGUGGUGCUACUGCCGUACAACUUACAUGCCUAUGUCCUACUUGUAUGGGAGAAAAUACCAUGGACCAAUCACGGACCUUGUGUUAGAAUUAAGACAAGAAAUCCACCCUAUUCCUUAUGAGGACAUAGAUUGGAACAAGCAGAGGCAUAACUGUUGCAAGCAGGAUCUGUACUACCCUCAUAGCUUUGUACAAGAUCUGCUAUGGGAUGGACUUCACUACCUUGGUGAACCAAUCAUCAACCGUUGGCCUUUUAACAAAAUACGAAAGAGAGGUCUAGAUAGAGCUGUUGAACUAAUGCGCUAUGGGGCAGAGGAGAGCAGAUAUAUAACCAGUGGCUGCGUAGAAAAGAGUUUACAAAUGAUGUGCUGGUGGGCUGAGAAUCCUAAUGGCGAUGAGUUUAAAUAUCACCUUGCUAGAGUUCCUGACUACUUAUGGCUGGCUGAGGAUGGUAUGAAAAUGCAGAGCUAUGGGAGUCAACUGUGGGACUGCGUUCUUGCAACUCAAGCAAUUCUGGCAACUGGCAUGGUUGGAGAAUAUGGUGAUUCUCUUAAAAAGGCGCAUUUCUUUAUAAAAGAAUCACAGAUUAAAGAAAAUCCAUCUGGAGAUUUUGAAAGUAUGUGUCGCAAAUCCACUAAAGGAUUAUGGACUUUCACAGAUCAAGAUCAGGGCUGGGCGGUCUCUGACUGCACUGCUGAAGCAUUGAAGUGUCUACUAUUACUUUCCCAACUGCCAGAGGAAAUUGCAGGACAGAAGGCAGAUGUAGAAAGAUUACAUGAUGCCAUAGAUGUCCUUCUGUACUUACAAAGUCCUGACAGUGGCGGUUUUGCUGUCUGGGAGCCACCAGUCCCACAACCAUACUUGCAGAUGCUGAAUCCUUCAGAGAUUUUUGCCGACAUUGUGGUAGAAAAAGAGCAUGUUGAAUGCACGGCUUCUAUAAUCCAAGCUCUGGUAGCAUUUAAAUAUUUGCACAAAGGCUACAAAGAGAAAGAAAUAGAUGUUUCUGUUUCAAAAGCAGUACAGUAUCUUGAAGCAAAGCAAUAUCCUGAUGGUUCAUGGUAUGGCUUCUGGGGCAUUUGUUUUUUGUAUGGCACAUACUUCGCAUUAUCAGCCUUAGCCUCAGUUGGGAAGACAUAUAAUAACAGUGAAGCAGUACGGAUAGCAGUUGAGUUUUUCCUUUCGACCCAGAAUGAAGAGGGUGGUUGGGGAGAGAGUCUUGAAUCAUGCCCCAGUGAGAAAUUUACUCCACUGAUGGAUAAUCGAACAAAUUUAGUACAAACAUCUUGGGCUAUGCUUGGCCUCAUACGCGGUGGACAGGCCAAGAGAGAUCCAACCCCAUUGCAUAAAGCAGCAAAGUUGUUGAUUAAUGCACAAAUGGAAAAUGGAGAUUUUCCUCAGCAGGAAAUCACUGGAGUCUACAUGAAGAAUUGUAUGCUACACUAUGCAGAGUAUAGAAACAUAUUUCCAUUAUGGGCAUUGGCAGAAUACCGUAAACAUGUCUGGUUGUCGAAAUGAAUGUGUUGAGCUUAAGUUCUGUGUGAUAGUUCCACAAAAUGAAUAAUCCCCGUUUAAAAACUAUUGAUGUAAACUUUUCUUUUUCUACUUGGAAUAAUAUCAAUUUCAGCUCUUUUCACCA